AUGGGUGCCGGCGCAGUGCUCACUCUGCUGUUCUGCAUGUACGCAACAGGGCUGAUUGGCGAACGGGUAAGCGGGGUGUUCGCAAGGGAGAAGGCGAAAUUGUUGAAGAUGGGCAGGUUGGAAAGGGGGCCCCACUCUUCAUUACGUAUUGGAAUGACGAAAGAAGGAUUCAUCAGAUGGUCUGUUGUAGGAAAAGGGAGGAAGAAUCGACACGACAGGGGGGACUUCACCCAAGGGAGUAACCAUACAAGCCCUCGGGAGACGUCCCUUUUUUUCAGUGAAUACCCAGAGGGAUUUUCCUCGUCCUGCUUGUGGGUCAAUGCGCAUGGGGGGAUCACUCCAAAGGGGGUCCAAAAGAGAAGUGAGAUGAGCAUGACAGGAAGGGUGUAUCGAAAUAGGGGGAUGAAUCUGAUCCGCCAAAUGAAGGGAAACAGAUCUGGUUGUUUUCAACUUGGAGCAAAAAUGCCAGUCAUCACGGUGAAUAGGAAGCUAUUCCCGAAGGAGUACAGCACAGACUACGAAGAUGUCCUGCGCAAGUUCAACGUAACUUACAUCAAUUACAAGACGAGAUUGAGGAGUAAAGCAGAAAUAGACAUACGAGCUAUUGAUGACUUGUAUGGGAAAAUAUAUGACAGCAACGUGUUGAAGAAGCAGUUCUAUUUUUUCCUUUACCACGAUGACAUAAACACGUGUCAUCGAAUUUUAAAUGAAAAUAGAAACGUCCUAACGAGGGAGGAGUCGUUUCAAAUGCUAAACAGCUUGCCCUAUAUAUUUUUCAAUCAUCUGAGUUAUGUGUACCCCACGGAAGACAAUGUGGAUCUCGUACUCUCCAAGAUCUUGAAGACGUACCUCUUCCAGUAUUCCAAUGACAAGAACAUUGAUUUUUUGAACUUCAAAUAUAAGUAUAACGAGUUGGAUGAAUACUGCCAGGGGUUGGAGAGGGACUUCCUCGCCAGCCAGCCCGUGGAGGAUAGCGGCGGGGAGGUUAGCGACGGGGAAGAACCACACAUGCCAGAUCGCAGCGGGGAAGAUACCACCCCCACUGACGCCAAGAGGGCAGCCAUCUACGACGACGGGCGCGACACCAACUACGAGCGAAAAUACAGACACAUGUCUUACGACUACAAAAUUAUCGAAUCGACCAGCAAGUAUAAGGACCUCAUGGCGAGAUUCGCAAAGUACCCAAAGAACAUCAAACUUCAGAAGGUACAACUGCUGUACACAAAAAUAAUCAGCAUGAAGGCAAACAAGCUGUUUGAGGCAUUUAGGAAACACGAAAGUGUGAAGAGAAACGAAGAGAGGAAAAUCUACAGGAAUGCAAAAAUGACCUUAGACCCUGAAAAACUUACCCCUUGUCUAAAUGAACCGGUGAAGUAUGACCCCAAGGAAAAACAAAGAGUGAAUGAGCUCUUUCAUAAGUAUGUACAGGAGAAAGAUCUAACCAAAGCUGCUCUCAUCAUAAGAAAACACACCAACCUGAUUGAUACUAAGGAUAAGAAGAGCCAACAAAUAAUGAAAGAGUUUCUUCGUCUACACGAAUAUAUAUACAAAUGCAACAAGUACAAUGAAGAGGAACUGGCUCACUUGAGGAUGAUUUACUAUUCCACGGUACAGAAGCCGAGAGUCAUCCGAAAAAUAUGCGAAGUUGGUAUGUGGGAACAAGGAGAAAACACUACUCAUAAGGAGGUGUACGAAAGGCAACUAAAUGAGUAUUUGCAGAAGAGGGAAGCUCUACGUGAUGAGAGAAUGAAGAAGAAGGGUAUCGAUAUGGAUGAAAUACGAGACUUCAGUUCGGCGUACCCUAUGGAAUGGUUGCCUGUCCUCUACAAAGAUAUGUUUGAGGAGAUCGAACGGGAAAAGAAAUUAAAAAGUCUCGAGCGGAAAGGUGUCCUUAGCAAGAAGAGUGACUCCAUCAAGCGGUUGUUUUCCCCCGGGGGGGCCGAUAGGGCUCCUGGCGACGCCUCUCCGGGGAUGCCACCGCAAGAGCGGUUGAGAAGCGAAGACAUGACGCAGGGUCAGCACAGGAGUAAGGACCUCACGCACGAUCUUCUGAAUGUGAAGAACGAACUCAAGUUUGGCCGCAACGUCUUGAAUUACAAGAAGAAAAUUUUGGGCAAGAACAGGCGCAAGCGGGCCGGGGCCUCCAAAGGGGGCGCGCCUGGAGCAGGAGGGAAGCCUGCCAAGGGCAGCGGGGACUCGACCGAGGAGGAUUCGUAA